CUGAACCCACGCAUACUAAUAUCAAUGGGUGACUUGGGUCAACACAUGUAUUCGUUUGUCAUUGCGCAGUUGACGCAACGUUGACAUUGUCCACUUCAAUUUCCGUGUGUCAACUAGCUACAACAGUAUUGUCGGCAUGAGAGGACAUGGAUGUGUAACUAACCAAAACGUGAUUAUUAUGUUUUAAUAGUACAGCUGUUCUGAGCGUAGUAUUUUGAUAUGCAUGUGUACGGAUAAAUACCCAUUAUAUUUAUUGUCGCUAAAUUAAGGAAAUAAUGUUUAGGCAGAGUAAAACCGUUCUCCAGAAACUUCGAUCUUUAAGAAAGACACAAUGUAUAACGUGAUGCAACAGCUGAUGCAAGCCAGCAAUGGUCUCUCUCUUGGCAAAUCCAGUUUCCAGGGGCAUAAUCCAUCAUGGAGGUUCAGGAGCACCCCAGCAACAGAGAGGGCAUUGCAGUACCAGGCAGGACAGAAGAUCCAUGGCUUCACAGUCAAGGAGGUGGUUACUGUUCCUGACCUGUUCCUUACAGCUGUCAAACUGACCCAUGACAACACAGGCGCCCAGUAUCUACACGCAGCUAGAGAUGACAAAAACAAUCUCUUUAGUGUUCAGCUCAGGACGACCCCGAUGGACAACACAGGGGUCCCACACAUCCUGGAACACACAGUGUUGUGUGGCUCAGAGAAGUACCCCUGCAGGGACCCCUUCUUCAAGAUGCUCAACAGAUCACUCUCCACCUUCAUGAAUGCAUUCACAGCCAGUGAUUUCACCAUGUAUCCAUUCUCCACACAAAACGGGAAAGACUUCCAGAAUCUCCUCUCCGUGUAUCUGGAUGCAGUGUUUUUCCCUUGUCUGGGGGAACUAGAUUUUCGGCAGGAGGGAUGGAGAUUGGAGAAUGAAAACCCUACAGAUCCUAGUUCCCCUUUGGUCUUCAAAGGAGUUGUCUUCAAUGAAAUGAAGGGUGCUUUUUCAGACAAUGAGCAAGUGUAUGCCCAGCACCUCCAGAACAAGCUGUAUCCUGACCACACAUAUGGUGUGGUGUCUGGAGGGGAACCUCUGGCCAUCCCUGACCUCUCCUGGGAGCAACUCAAGCACUUCCACGCCACACACUACCACCCCAGCAACGCAAGGUUCUUUACCUACGGGGACCUGCCCUUAGAGCAGCACCUGAAACAGAUCCAUGAGGAGGCUCUGUCCAAGUUUGAACGCACUGAGCCUGACACUGCUGUCCCUAACCAAGUCCACUGGGACAGGCCUAGAGAGGACCAUGUGACCUGCAGUCCCGAUGUUAUGGCGCCUGAUGCAGCCAAACAGAACACACUGUGUAUGAGCUACCUGCUUGGAGAUAUCACAGAUACAUUUGAGGGCUUCACCCUGAGUCUGAUGUCCUCUCUGAUGAUUUCUGGACCUAACGCUCCCUUCUACAAGGCCCUUAUAGAACCCAAGAUAGGAACAGACUUUUCUUCUGUAGUAGGAUAUGAUGGGAGCACCAAAGAGGCAUCGUUCAGUAUUGGCUUACAAGGAAUGGCCGAAGAAGAUACCGAGAAAGUCAAGCAAAUCAUCAUCCAAACCUUUGAUGAAAUCAUUGCUAAUGGAUUUGAGGAGGAGAGGAUAGAGGCCCUGCUUCAUAAGAUUGAGAUCCAGAUGAAACAUCAGUCUACCAGCUUCGGCCUGUCUCUGGCCUCGUACAUAGCUUCCUGUUGGAACCAUGAUGGAGACCCGGUUCAGCUGCUGAAGAUCUGCGACAGUGUGACCCAGUUCAGACAGGCCUUGAAGGACAACCCUCGCUUCCUCCAGGAGAAAGUCGUGCACUAUUUCAAGGAUAAUACUCACAGACUGACUCUGUCUAUGAGUCCUGAUGAGGCGUACCUGGAGAAACAGGUCAAAGCAGAGGAGGAGAAACUCCAGAAGAAGAUACAGGCUCUGUCUGAGAGUGACAAGAAAGACAUCUAUGAGAAAGGUCUUGAGCUGCUAUCGAUUCAGAGCCAGACCCAGGAUGCUUCAUGUCUCCCUGCCCUGAACGUAUCUGAUAUUGAGCCAACGAUAGCAGUCACACAUGUGGAGAUGGGCACUGCAGGAGGAGUGCCAGUACAGUACUGUGAGCAGCCCACCAAUGGCAUGGUCUACUUCAGAGCUAUGUGUAGUCUCAACAGCCUCCCUGAGGACCUCAAACUAUACGUGCCCCUCUUCUGCAGUGUCAUCACCAAGAUGGGCUGUGGAGGGCUGGACUACAGGCAGCAGGACCAGCAGAUGGAGCUGAAAACAGGAGGCAUGUCCAUCUCCACAUCAGUCAACCCUGACUACUCUAACAUGGAUAUGUAUGAACAGGGAGUCCUCCUUUCAUCUUCCUGCCUGGAGAGGAAUCUUCCUGAUAUGUUUCACCUGUGGAGUGACAUAUUCAACAGCCCGCACUUUGAUGACGAGGAGCGUCUGCGUGUUCUGGUCAUGAUGUCGGCUCAGGAACUGGCCAAUGGGAUAUCUAAUUCUGGUCACAUGUAUGCCAUGACACGGGCAGCUCGCAACCUUACCCCAACAGGAGAACUACAGGAGACCUUCGGAGGGAUGGAGCAGGUCAAGUUUAUGAAGAGGGUCGCAGAGAUGCCAGACCUCACCCAAGUUCUACGGACACUUCCUAGAAUCAAGAGACACAUUCUCAACCCACUGAACAUGAGAUGUGCGGUUAACGCAACACCGCAGAAGAUGUCUAAUGCCGCUGGACAGUUGGAUAACUUAAUGUGUAACGUUUCUUCCAAUAAGAAGGAUCGCAAACCAGUCCAUUCCAAUAUCACUGAGAGACCUCUUGACCCACUGGCACCCCCUGGAUCUGGCCCAAGCAGAAAACUUGUCUCUGAGCCGAACUUCAAGCCCUGCCAGAUGAAGACAUUUUUCCCAAUGCCCUUCCCAAUCAACUUUGUCAGCGAGUGUAUCCGCACCGUGCCCUUCACCCAUGAGGACUGUGCCAGCCUGAAUAUCCUGGCCCGGAUGAUGACAUCUAAGUACCUGCAUGGAGAGAUCAGAGAAAAGGGUGGGGCCUACGGUGGGGGGGCCAGGAUGGGAGGAGGACUAUUCACCUUCUAUUCAUACAGAGACCCCAACACGGUGCAGACUCUGUCAGCGUUCCGUAAGGGUGUGGACUGGGCCAUAUCAGGACAGUUUACCCAGCAGGACAUCAAUGAGGCCAAGCUGUCCGUGUUCUCAGCCGUGGACUCCCCCGUCGCCCCCUCCGAUAAAGGUAUGGGCCGCUUCCUGAGUGGAAUCACAGACGAGCUGAAACAGGCCCACAGAGAGAGACUCUUUGCUGUCACAGACAAGAACAUUGUCGAUGUUGCUGGCAGGUACCUUGGCAUUGGACAAAGGACAUGUGGAGUUGCUAUUCUGGGCCCUGAGAAUGACAUCAUCAAGAAAGACCCCUCGUGGGUGGUAAAAUAACCAGACAUAGAAUUAUCCACUUUUCUAUUUUACAAUUAAGCGACUUCAGAGGCACUGUGUCAUAACAUGGUGAACAUCAAUGUUACUUGAUUGUCCUGAAUAACUGGACUGUGUCCAGUAAUAAUAUAUAUUGAAUUGUAUUAAAUUAACCAGAAAGUCUAUUUGGUUUUUGGGCAAAAAUGGAAUGAGCACAACAGAAAACAGGUGCUCCGAUAGAUAACAUUAUGCCUAACCUCACCUCGAUACCAUAUUCAUAAUAUACAACUAUGACAACAUACAUUUAAUUUAUUGGUGUACUUUCUAGACAUAGACUCACCUCUGGUUUCUAAAUGUCUGUACAAGGAUGGUCUAUUGAAAUACUGUAUUUCCAUAGGGUACGUAUAAUGAAUACUGAACAAAAAUAUACAACACAACAUUUAAAGUGUUGGUUUCAUGAGCAGAAAUAAAAGAUCAGACAUUUUCCAUUCUCAUAAAAAAAAGACAUUUCUCUCAAAAAAUGUGCUUACUUCCCGUUUAGAGAGCAUUUCUCCUUUGCCAAGAUAAUCCAUCCACCUGACAGCUGUGGCAUAUCUAGAAUCAGCAUUAUUCAUGAUUAAACCGAUAAUGACAUAGGUGCACCUUGUUCUGAAGACAAUAAAAGGCCACUUUAAAAUGUGCAGUUUUUUCACACAACACAAUUCCACAGAUGUCUCAAGUUUUGAGGGAGCAUGCAAUUGACAUUCUGACUGCAGGAAUGUCCACCAGAGCUGUUGCCAGAGAAUUUAAUGUAAAUUUCUCUUCCAUAAGCCACCUCCAACGUCAUUUUAGAGAAUUUGGCAGUAUGUCCAACCGGCCUCACAACAGCCGAGCCGACCACGUGGAACCACACCAGCCCAGGACCUCCACAUCCGGCUUCUUCACCUGCGGGAUGGUCUGAGACCAGCCACCCAGACAGCUGAUGAAACUACAAAACCAAAGUAUUUCUGCACAAACUGUAAGAAACUCUCUGGGAAGCUCAUCUGCAUGCUUGUCAUCCUCACCAGGGUCUUGACCUGACUGCAGUUCGGCGAUGCUCGCCUUCAAGGGCUAUUUUCAGCAUGAUAAUGCAUGGCCCCAUGUCGCAAGGAUCUGUACACAAUUCCUGGAAGCUGAAAUUUUCCAACUUCUUCCAUGGCCUGCAUACUCACCAGACAUGUCACCUAUUGAGCUUGUUUGGUGUGCUCUGGAUGACGUGUAAUGACAGCGUGUGUUACAGUUCCCGCCAAUAUCCAGCAACUUCACACAGCCAUUCAAGAGGGGGAUAACAUUCCUCAGGCCACAAUCAACAACCUGAUCAACUCUAUGUGAAGGAGACGUGUCGCGCUACAUGAGGCAAAUGGUUUUCUGAUCCACGCCCCUACUUUUUAAAAUUUAUUUUAAGGUAUCUGUGACCAACAGAUGCAUAUCUGUGUUCCCAAUCAUGUGAAAUCUGUAGAUUAGGGCCUAAUUUAUUCAUUUUGAUUUUCCUUACGAACUGUAACUCAAGUCAAAUUUUUGAUAUUAUUAUUAUUUGAUAUUUUUGUUCAGUGUUUGUAUAAAAUAUGACCAUUAAAUUCUCACAUUGUAAUAUAA